GUAGAAGAGACAGGCAGAGGUAUUUCGAGAAUGUGGAUAUGUGGAAGGGUGGUGGGGGGUGAGAGAACAGUGAAAGAGGCAGUUGAAAUAUGUCCAUUAUGAGCCCCCACCCCCCCUCCAUGAGGCAUUCAUUAACCAGUGGAUUGACAAAGGGUCGUACAUGAAUAGUAUCAAGAGCUUGAACGCUGCACACCGGUUGCGUGCAAUGGGCACCAGAAACGCUCUACUCGUAAUCCGGAGGUCGCCCGUUCGAUCUCCCGGGGCGGCAACACGUACACAAACACGCUGUCAUCGGAAACAUGCAAUGCCUGUAACUUUUCCAAGUCUCGAUUGUAGGAUUAGCACGCGCAGUCAAGCACGGAUUGUGUGGGUGGGGGAUAUGAGUGGUAGUGGGGGGGGGGAGGUGCAUAAAAAAGGCACAAUCGCCCAAUUGCACGGCAGGAAAUCGACCGCGGACACCCUGUACAGGUGUGCGUGCGUGAGUCAGCCAGGUAGCGAGCCAGCCAGCCAGCCAGCCACGUGCCUCAACACCUUAUACAGGGGCGAGGACGCUGAACAUUACGUUGCAGAGCUUGUUGAGCACGCCUGGCGAGUGAGCAGGCGGGUUGCAUUCAACAAGGAGCGGCUCACUUCACAUCGAGUGUCGCAAGCAGGCAUUGGCAUCGCGGAAAAUCGGAAAAAUGCAGAGGCCUUCGUGUGCGUCAUCCUGAGCCACGGCUGGCAUGGACACUUCAUGUGCUGCGAUGGCACCAAGGUGCACUAUAAGGACAUCUACAGCCUGUUCAACAACAAAGCCUGGGAACACAAACUCAAGCUCUUCAUUAUACAGGCUUGCCGUGGCGAUAGCACCGACUCCGGCGCCAAGCUGGAGGAAGGCGAGAACUGCGAGCAAACUCAGGAGUCUGGAAACAGAGACGAUGCUAGCAGCAGCUUGGACGAGGCCUGCAUUCUAAAUGACGACCUGUUUGCACCACCCGAGACACUCACAUUUUUCUCCACCCCGGAAGGUUACGUUUCAUACCGGCCUAAAUUAAGCAGCUGUCAGUUCAUCGAGUUCGUGCGAGAAGAGCUGACGCGAGCCUGGGAGCAGCGCGUCGAGCUUGUGCAGUCUCUCACGCGCGUGUCCCGCCGCAUUGCGCGAGACUUCCAAUCGAAUUCGAAGAAAGAACAGUACAAUGGCAAGAAGCAGAUGCCUUGCCUCGUCAGCCACCUCACGCGAGACGUGUACCUCGUGCAGCGGCAGAGCUACACCCAGUGACAACGCUCAAACAGAACAAUAAACUCAUUUACUGUG